AUGGUAGUUUUACUAAGGCUAGGCGGCAGGACCUGUGGGCAGGAAGAGCAACUGUCCAGGGCAAGGCUUCCCCUGAUCAUUUCCCUCACACCACGUAUCUUCACGUUGAAGAGCGAUGAACAUUAUUUAGGUGACACUCCAGAGAUGUAUUCUCCAGGCUUCGUGAUGGCCCUAUUCUUCAUGGUUGGACAAACCCAUGGAGACUCAGUGAACCAGACGGAAGGCCAAGUGACCCUCUCAGAAGUGGGCUUCCUGACUAUGAAUUGUACUUUCUCAACAUCUAGGACCCCCACUCUAUUCUGGUAUGUUCAGUAUCUGGGAGAAGGUCCAAAGCUCCUCCUGAAAGCCAUGACAGACAAGGAAAAGGGAAGCAACAAAGGUUUUGAAGCCACCUUGGACAAAACAUCCAGAUCCUUCCACUUGAAGAAAGGUUCAGUGCAACUGUCAGACUCAGCUGUGUAUUACUGUGCCCUGAGAGACACAUCUCACCUCACACUGUUGAGCCCUGAAAUUGCAGAAGAAGAUGACAUUUUUCAUCUAGUGGGAGAACUCAAACUUGGUGCCUCCAGGCUUCUCAAGGUGGUCAUAGCUUCCAUGUGGCUUGGAUCUAGUAUUGCCCAGACGGGAACUGAAGCCCAAGCAGCAAAGUCAGUGCCGGAGAAGGGGGCUGUCAUCCUGGAAUGCACAUAUAACACCAGUGAACUCAGUUAA